GUAAGUUCAUACAAUAUGCGGUGACAAGAGUGUAGCCUGGAUUGAGUGAGUAAAUUUCAAGAAAAUGUCGUUUCUCAAGCAAAGUGUAAUAUACGCAGUUUGUGCUCUGGCUUUUAUUUACCAUCAAGCUGACAUUGCUUCAGCAGCAGGAAAUUGUAUUUUCUGCAAUACUACGGCCAAUCCAUCAUGCACUGCGGCUAAUAUAACAGACUUCACGAUAUUCGAGAAUUGCACUACCGACACUUCGUGUUUUGAGGUGUUGUAUAAAGAUAAAGAAGGAGCUAAUGAUCAGGUUUUACGAGGCUGUGAUUUAAAUUGCACUUCUGAUGACUUGCUAAAAUUGAAUACCACCAAUUAUUGGAGUUGUAAAGACUGUACCACUGAUUUCUGCAAUAAUGUAACAAUUUCUUACAAUGACACAACUCCGGACACUCCAGACACUCCAGACACUCCAGACACUCCAGCUAAUAGCAGCUCAUCGGCAUUAAUAAGUAAUAUCAGACUUGGAUCUCUGAUGCUUAGUGCGGCCGUUACAUUCUACUUGUACUAAUUACCACCCAUUUGUAUUAUUAUUGUAUUGCUAAUUAGUGAAUUUACCAUUUAAUUACCAUGUUCAAAUGUGAUUAUAAAUAUAUCAAAUUAAAUUGUUGUAAUAUAAAAUGUUAAAUUUAUACGCUUAAAUUAUUUUCAUACUUCAAAUGAAAACAAUUUUGAAUUUAUAUAUCAACUGAAGUAGUAUAACUUUCAAUACAUACAUGUCAAAAUAAA